AUGUUUGUGUGGAGAGCACAGCAUCCCUACCGGCUGUCCUGAGCAGAGCUGCAGCAGCAUUGCUGCCCAGGACAGCAGUGAAUGUGAUUGGGAGGGGCGGGCAGAGCAGCAGCAGCAGUCUGGGGUCCUACAUCCUCUCUGCUGAGGCUCACUGCCCCCCCUUACUUCAAAAACCCUAAAUCCUGUCCAUGUGCUUUUAACGGCCUUUCCACAGACUGGGGAGCAGCAGAGCGGAGUGAGUCCGAGAGGAACGCCGAAUUAGCGGCGUGCUGUCUGUUUUUGUUGCUAUUUUUCUCUUUUGGCUCGGUAUUCUUAGAAAAGCAGGAAAAUUGCUUGGUGUAGCUGCAUCGGAGAGAAGGCUCGGGAGGAGGUGAAACUACGGGACAUGAUGACGGAGAAAGAAACGGCGGCAGAGAAGAUCAUAUCAGGGAGGAGAGCCAAAUACCAGAAAAAAGAGACUACAGCUUUAAAAGAUGCAAUGGCUAAUCCUUCUCCAGCAAAGAGCAUGGGCGACCCUGGAAUCACCCCACUGUCUCCUUCACACACUCAGCAGAAUGACACAGACCAGGUACCGUCAGGGCCGUCCUUCGUGGUGGUCGUUGCCAUUGACUUUGGCACUACAUCCAGUGGUUAUGCUUAUGCCUUCACUAAGGAGCCAGAGUGCAUUCACACCAUGAGGCGUUGGGAAGGCGGGGACCCUGGUGUGUCCAAUCAGAAGACUCCAACCACGAUCUUGCUGACUCCAGACAGGAAGUUCCACAGUUUUGGCUAUGCAGCACGUGACUUCUACCAUGACCUGGACCCCAGCGAGUCUAAACACUGGCUCUACCUGGAAAAAUUCAAAAUGAAGCUCCACACCACUGCAAAUCUGUCCAUUGACACAGACCUCCAUGCAGCCAAUGGGAAGCGAGUCAAAGCUCUGGAUAUUUUUGCAUAUGCAUUGGCCUUUUUCAAGGAGCAGGCACUAAAGGAGCUCAGUGAUCAGACAGGUGGCGAGUUUGACAACAAUGAUGUGAGAUGGGUGAUCACUGUUCCUGCCAUCUGGAAAAUGCCUGCAAAGCAGUUCAUGAGGGAAGCUGCCUAUAAGUCCGCUUUGGUGUCCCGUGAAAACCCAGAGCAGCUGAUCAUCGCCUUAGAACCAGAGGCAGCAUCAAUCUACUGCCGCAAGCUCCGCCUCCACCAGAUGGUGGAUCUGGGCACCCAGACCACCCAGAACGGCUUCAGCCCCACUGAAAACGUGGGGAGUGGGAUGACCCAAGUUUCUCCUGGUCAUGCUAAGGAGCAUGUUCGGCGCAACCGGCAGAGCCGCACCUUUUUGGUGGAAAAUGUCAUAGGGGAGCUUUGGUCGGAGCUGGAAGAAGGUGACCGGUAUGUGGUGGUGGACUGUGGUGGAGGAACAGUGGACCUGACUGUCCAUCAGAUCCGUCUACCAGAGGGACAUCUGAAGGAACUCUACAAGGCCUCAGGUGGUCCCUAUGGCUCUCUUGGGAUUGACUAUGAAUUUGAGAAGCUGCUGUGUAAGAUCUUUGGCCAAGAUUUCAUCGACCAAUUUAAGAUCAAGAGGCCGGCCGCCUGGGUGGACCUAAUGAUUGCAUUUGAGUCUCGGAAGAGGGCGGCAGCCCCCGAUAGAACCAACCCCCUCAACAUUAACCUGCCCUUCUCCUUCAUUGACUACUACAAAAAGUUCAGGGGCCACAGUGUGGAACACGCCCUGCGCAAAAGCAAGUGAGUGUGUUUAGCAUGCACUUUCAAAUUCAAACACAAGUUUCCAGCAGUAACAGCAGGAAUGGGGCAGGCAAAGUUGCAGGUUAGGGAUCAGGUUCAGGUUCAGCUUACAGAUCAGCAAUUACCGGGAAUGUGCCAGUUAUUCACAAGCAUGGACCACACCAUCAACAAGAUAUGUUUAUAUGAUUUAUUGACUAAAUUAAA